GUUUUUAAUGAGGGAAUGCUUCAUGACUUCCAAACUUGACUUGUUUCAUAUGGUCAAGCUUGAGGGGGAGUGUUGAGAUGAAGCAUAAAGAUUAAAGAGAAUACUGCAACAUUAGAAUAAUGAAUUACACUGCAACAUUAGAAUAAUGAAUUACUUGAGGUAUGGGUGGAAGAUGUACGUGAAACACCAAGUGGAGGAAGUGCGUGAGGUGGCCCAAGCACUAGCCUGAAGUGGAAUAAGUGCGUGAAACACCAUUCUGGAUGGAAGAAGUGCAUUAUGCACUAGUCUGAGUGGAAGAAGUGCAUGACACACCAUAGAUUAGUUUAUCAUUUACUCUUGUUACGUAGGAUAAUGUUUGUGUCUAUAUAUUGAGUGUGUUGUAACACAAUUUUAAUUAACUUGAAUCAAACAAGUUCUUCCCAUUCUCUUUCUCUCUCACAACUUGUCAUAUACUCCCUUAUUUUUGUUAAGUCUUUCUCACUAAUAUUCUCUUUUAAUCUCGUAAAUAAGUCAUUCUCACAGUAAGAACAUGAACGCUCUCCUUACAAGAACAAAAACAUUUUUUGCUGAUCACUACCAUGGUGGUUCAAUGAAACUCUGUGUCAUAGGAGGAGAUUCACUCACUGACCUUGAACGUUGGGUAAGGAAGUACUUUGAUGGUGUUAAGGAUGGACCAAAAAGUAUGCAUGCAAUCAAUCCACCAAAGCCCAUAUGGGAUGCAAGUAAAUUGCAUGUUAUAGAAAGUGUCGAAGGUUUGACUGCUCUUCAGCUUGUUUGGAUGCUUCCUCCUUACUCAGAAAACAACCAUCUAGAAAUGCCAGAAGUGUAUCUAAUUGAAGUUUUAAGUAACCAAAGUAAAGAAAGCUUGUAUGGAUUCUUCAAAGAGAAAGACUGGGUAGCUGAUAUAGAAGUCUCUCUUGAGGGUCAUCUAGGCGAUUACAGAUCAGGAGGCCGUUUAUUUAGCUUUUCAUUGUAUCUCACUAACUCGGGCUUGAAAAAGAAGUAUGAAAUGAUUAAUUAUGUCUAUCAAUAUAUCAAAUUAUUGAGAGAUAUGAUUCCACAAGAAUGGGUUUGGAACCAGUAUUGGAAGAUGAAGGAAAUAGAGUUUGAUUGUAUUGACGUUUCUGGCAUGGCUGCAAAUUCUCCAAGUGACUUUGCUCGGUAUCUCUCAGGUUUGUACGUGUGUCUCAUUAUACUUUUUUUUUUUUGGGUGAUUGCAGUUGAUGCAUAUAGUCCACCGACUGGGCAAAAAAAAAUUGAAACUGCAACUAUAAAUUUUUUUAUACUCUCAAUUUAUUUUCAAAUGAUGGAGAGAAAAAGAAGGUGGAUAUAGGUUGGCUUCUGUUUUAGCUGAGCUGGAUGCCUUGAUGUGUACACUUUUGCAGCAGAGCACAUUGUCAAACCACUCUUGCUGUUCAAGGUUCCAAAGACAAUCAGUAUUUGAUGACCAAUACACAUUUCUUAAUAAUUAUUAGAUAAUUAUAAUACGUUCCAUUUAAUUAUUACAUUUAAUGCAAUAAAACUUAUAAGAGAUUUAUGUGAAGUUCAUAUGAUAAAUUUAACAAAAUAUGCAUAUAAGUGUUUGUUUUGGGAUGAAAAU